UUUUGACAUUUGUAAUGUUGGAUGUCAAUUGAACAUAAUAUACUUUAAAAAUUUUGUGUGAUAAAAAAACUUAUGGAAAAAUACGAUAAAGGAAAAGUAUGUGCAUGUUUGCCAUGUCGAUGUACAAAAUUUGUGCCUACUACAAUACCUAGAUAUAACAAAGCUGGAGUUGAAAAGCAUGUUUGGAUGAGCGACUUGAGAGAAUACAAUGAACAUAGGAAGAGGUGUUUUUACGCCAAACCGAUAGUAGAUGCGAGACCGCCCUAUUUAGAUCUUUCUGUCAAAUUCAAGCCCCUAAUUUGUUAUAAGGAUGCUCAUCAAGCUAUGAUGAUUGACAAACAAAACAAGCACUUUAUGAUGCGUUUGAUAGAAAUGGACAGGCUUGGGGGUUUCACAGAUACUGUGAAUAGUGCCGCUAACUUCCAUAUGUCCAAUUGGCAAGGUCAAAAAGGAAAUAUGUUAAAAAUAGUAAAACAAAACAAAGAGUUUCACAAAAGAAUCAUAGCAGUAAAAUCCUAUUAUGCAUACAAACCUAAAGAGUGGAGACAUUUCCUAGACUCUUUAAGAAAAGCUGCACAUUAUCCUUUAACAGUAUUAAAAAAAAGAGAUUUGGAUGAAGAAGUCAAAGCCCAGCCUUCUAUAAGUAUCGGAUUCCCAAAAAUCUCCAAUCAUAUUGAGUGUUUCAUGGAUUUUACUAUGCAGAAUGGUGAAUACCUCGGAAGAAUCACAAUCGAAUUAUACCACGAAAUCGCUCCUUUGCAUGUACACAAUUUUGUAGAUUUUUGUGAGAAAUACAGUCAACAGACUAAGAAGAACAUUAUAGUACAACGUAUUGUGAAAGAUAGAUAUUUCGAAAGUAAUUUCAUUACAAACAAUAAAACUGAGAAUAAAGGGAAAAGAAACACGAAACCCGUUCGUAAGAUUUUCAAAAUGAAACAUAGCAGAGCAGGUACUAUAUCGAUGAUCAGAGAUGAAACACAUUCGAAUAACUUGAAAUUAUGUCUAACACUCUGUCCUAUGCCGGAAUUAGACAGAAAAAAUGAAGUUUUCGGUAAAGUAACGAAGGGUAUUGACGUCCUAGUAAAAAUAAAUGGAUAUGGUCGUAAAAUAGGCAAACCAUUAGAUGUAAUAAUAAUUUCAGACUGUGGCGAGAUGCCACCUUGUAUUUGUCACAAAAAAACAAUUAGAUGUAAACCUUUCUAAUUAUCUCAUUAUAUAAUUCUUAAAACA